UCAGGUAGUGGACCUACCUCAUCCAAUAGCAGUGAGUAGUGUUCUGAUGGGUAGUAGAAGAGAUUGGUUUUAUAGGCUGAGAAAGGCUGAAGAAAGCAACAAUGAAGGAACAAAACAUGGAUUGAUCAUGUCGAAGUUACUUUUCUUGGAAGACUAGGAGACAGAACAACAGAAAAACCGUGAAAUGGCACCAGGAGAGCAUUUGCAGUGGCAGGCAGAAGCGUGUGGACGUGCUAGCUCCAACCUGAAGCAUUUGUUCCCCGCCACCUGCAGUCCUCCUUGAGCCAGCGAGCCACACAGACCACUUCUAGGAUGCCGCCUAAAAAAGUACAAAUCCAAGUGGAGGAAAAAGAUGAUACUGAAGAAAGUUCAAGUGGAGAGGAAGAGGAGGAGGAAGAAAAACUACCUAGAAGAGAGAGCUUGAGACCAAAAAGGAAACGAAAAAGAGAUGUUAUCAAUGAGGAUGAUCCAGAACCUGAGCCAGAAGAUGAAGAAACAAGGAAGGCAAGAGAGAAAGAGAGGAGGAGGAGGUUGCGGAGAGGAGCGGAGGAAGAAGAAGAAAUUGAUGAAGAGGAGUUGGAAAGAUUAAAGGCAGAAUUAGAUGAGAAGAGACAAAUGAUUGCUACUGUCAAAUGCAAACCUUGGAAGAUGGAAAAGAAAAUUGAAGUUCUCAAGGAAGCAAAAAAAUUUGUGAGUGAAAAUGAAGGUGCUCUUGGGAAAGGAAAAGGCAAGCGGUGGUUUGCCUUUAAGAUGAUGAUGGCCAAGAAAUGGGCAAAAUUUCUUCGUGAUUUUGAGAACUUCAAAGCUGCUUGUGUCCCAUGGGAAAAUAAAAUCAAGGCAAUUGAAAGCCAGUUCGGCUCGUCAGUGGCCUCCUACUUCCUCUUCCUGAGAUGGAUGUAUGGAGUAAACAUGGUUCUCUUUAUCCUGACAUUCACCCUCAUCAUAUUGCCAGAGUACCUCUGGGGUUUGCCAUACGGCAGUUUACCUAGGAAAACGGUUCCCAGAGCUGAAGAGGCAUCGGCAGCAAACUUUGGUGUGCUGUAUGAUUUCAACGGCUUGGCACAAUAUUCCGUCCUCUUUUAUGGCUAUUAUGACAAUAAACGAACAAUUGGAUGGCUGAAUUUCAGGUUGCCGCUCUCCUAUUUUCUGGUGGGGAUUAUGUGCAUUGGAUACAGCUUUCUGGUUGUCCUCAAAGCGAUGACCAAAAAUAUUGGUGACGAUGGAGGUGGUGAUGACAACACCUUCAACUUUAGCUGGAAGGUGUUCUGUAGCUGGGACUACCUGAUUGGCAACCCUGAGACAGCAGACAACAAAUUUAAUUCUAUCACAAUGAACUUUAAGGAAGCUAUAAUAGAAGAAAGAGCUGCUCAAGUAGAAGAAAACGUCCACUUGAUCAGAUUCCUGAGAUUUCUUGCUAACUUCUUCGUGUUCCUAACACUUGGUGCGAGUGGAUACCUCAUCUUUUGGGCUGUGAAGCGAUCCCAAGAAUUUGCACAGCAGGAUCCUGACACCCUUGGGUGGUGGGAAAAAAAUGAAAUGAACAUGGUUAUGUCCCUCCUGGGGAUGUUCUGCCCAACACUGUUUGACUUAUUUGCUGAACUGGAAGACUAUCAUCCUCUCAUUGCUCUGAAGUGGCUAUUGGGACGCAUUUUUGCUCUUCUUUUAGGCAACUUGUAUGUAUUUAUUCUUGCCUUGAUGGAUGAGAUUAACAACAAGAUUGAAGAGGAGAAGCUAGUAAAGGCCAAUAUUACCCUAUGGGAAGCCAACAUGAUCAAGGCCUACAACGCAUCACUCUCUGGGAAUAGCACUGGGCCACCCUUUUUUGUUCACCCUGCAGAUGUACCUCGAGGACCCUGCUGGGAAACAAUGGUGGGCCAGGAAUUUGUGCGACUGACAGUUUCUGAUGUCCUGACCACUUACGUCACCAUCCUCAUCGGGGACUUUCUCAGGGCAUGUUUUGUGAGAUUUUGCAAUUACUGCUGGUGCUGGGAUUUGGAAUAUGGAUAUCCUUCAUACACCGAAUUUGACAUCAGUGGCAAUGUCCUCGCUCUGAUCUUCAACCAAGGCAUGAUCUGGAUGGGUUCCUUCUUUGCUCCCAGUCUCCCAGGCAUCAAUAUCCUUCGACUCCACACAUCCAUGUACUUCCAGUGCUGGGCUGUGAUGUGUUGCAACGUUCCUGAGGCCAGAGUCUUCAAAGCAUCCAGAUCAAAUAAUUUCUACCUGGGCAUGCUGUUGCUCAUCCUCUUCCUGUCCACCAUGCCGGUGUUGUACAUGAUCGUGUCCCUCCCGCCAUCUUUUGAUUGUGGCCCUUUCAGUGGCAAAAAUCGGAUGUUCGAGGUCAUUGGUGAGACUCUGGAGCAUGAUUUUCCAAGCUGGAUGGCGAAGAUCUUGAGGCAACUUUCGAACCCUGGACUGGUCAUUGCUGUUGUUCUUGUGAUGGCUUUGACCAUCUAUUAUCUCAAUGCUACUGCCAAGGGCCAGAAGGCAGCAAAUCUGGAUUUAAAAAAGAAGAUGAAACUGCAAGCUUUGGAGAACAAAAUGCGAAACAAGAAAAUGGCAGCUGCACGAGCAGCUGCAGCUGCUGGUGGCCAGUGACUUUCACAGAUAUCCUAGAGGCUCAGAAGUUUCCUUCAGUUUAAAAACAAUGCACUAUGUGAAGACUCAGAGUACAAGCUAUGUGGUUGCUCUUCCCUUGUUCUACCCCUGAUGGAUUAUCAAGGUCAUGCUUGUCCAUAAAAGCAUCAUCGGUCCUACCUGGGCAAGAAGGGUCUCCAUGUAUUCCAAAUUAAGGAUUUGUGCCUGUGCCCCCACUUUCUACCCUGCCCUAGUCUCUUGACCUUUUUCUUAACACACUGAAUUUCAAGUGGGUGUGAUCCAGCAAAGUAAGUUAUGAUUAGGUUUGUGGGUUAACUUUAGAAGCCAUUUGCUUAUGUACACUUACAUUCGUUCUGCCUUAGCUUUGUUGAACUAGGAGCAGGAAUACAUUUCACCUUCUUAUUUUUGCCUCUAAACACAGAAAUACCUGCAUAAAGUCAUCGUGGUUAAUUAGGUAUUAACUUAUUUUUAAAAUCCAACACCUUGUUUUUUCCUCCUUAUUCCCACAAAUACAGAUCCAAGACCUUAUUUGCAGCUGGAUUUGAUAUGAGAAGCAAUAGGAUUGCUAGAGGAAAACUCCUAAGUGAGUGAGGGGCCUGAUCUACUAGGUCCUGAUCUACUAAGCUCCCUAGCCUUGAAGAGGUCCUUGACUCUUAGACAACCCAUCUCUUCAUGAAUUAAAAUAAGAAAGAAAAGAGAAAAGAUACCAUAAGUGAUUGCUGUUCUAUUCAGUCUGUUCAUUUGAACUUCAGUGAUCAUAUUCCCUGAGCCUAGAGCCUGAUAUGCUAUAAUUUUCCUGCCUUUUUGUUAAGGUGAGAAAACAUACUUUUAUUGGAGGCUUUAGUUAAUAGAUGAGUUAAGGCAUUGCUUUUCAUUUAAAAUUAGAAUUAAUGUGAAUGGUAAUACUCACUGCCCUCACUAGCCUUACAGUGUCUUCAGCUGCAUCUCCUAACUCAGUGUCCUUCUCCAGAGCUAAGCCAAUUUGCCUGCCAUUCUCUGCAGUUGACUUGCUGAUGUUCAUUCCCCUGUCUUUGGGUUUCUCCUUUUUGAUCUCAUAUUGGCCAUAGCAUGAUCACACUGUUCCCCUGCCAACUUUGUUCCUGCUCAUCUUUUUCAGAUAGCUUCUAUUCCCAAUCAUAUCACUUUCUUGAUAGGCUUCCUUUAACUCCUAGGUCUUUAAUUACACUUAUUUUCAUGUGAUUUGUAAUGGUUCUUUACUGUUUCUUAUAUGCAUAAGUCAUCUUUCCUACGUAGACUGUAAGCUCCCUAGGAGCAGGGAUCAUAUCUCUAACCCUUUUGUAUGCCUAGUAUAGUGCUGUGCACAGGUAGGCACUAAAUAAAUGCUUGUUAAUUAAAUUGAAUCAAUUUAACUUACAGCAGUUACAUUAUGAAAUAAAAAUUCUAUUAUUUGCUUGGAAAAUGUUACUGUGAUGGAA